AUGUCACUCCGCGCGCUGAGCUGCCUCGCCACCGCGCUCUGCCUCGCCGUUGCGGCGACGGCGGGCCUCCCCCGUUCUUCCAAUAGCUGGCAGCAGCUCGUCGCAGAUUACGCUCGCAAUAACAUGGAAUAUGGAGCAUCCGGUCCACAGUGGACUUUGCCCGGUGCAUCACGACCUGCCGUAGCUGCUGGUGCCGAUUUGCAGCCGGCGAUACUGCCCCUGCUCGUGCUGCCGAUGCCGGUUCAGACAAAAGAUCCCCCCCGUCCAGAAUGCCCCGUCAGCAGCGAUAUGAGUAACAAUCAAUAUUUGAACGUAUAUGAAAAUAACGUAAAACAUCCGAGGCCUUAUCCAAUUCCCACAGACAACAAUAACUACAAGGUUUUCGAUGAAAUGUAUCCUCCCAAAAAAGGACAACCACCACGGCCUCAAAAUAAGCCCACUGAAAGUCCUUCCACGACACCGUCCGUCGAUUUUAUUCCGGAAGUCGAUUCAACUCCAGUACCUCCAUUCGAUAAAGUUGUGUCGUCCCAGCAGCUGGUGGAGUUAUUCCGCGCGCAGACGCCAAGCGCCCCCUACGAGCCGCCGAUCAAGCAGUCGGCGUACGACGGGAGCGAGCGGGCGCCGCCGCCGUUCCCCACGGAGCCGCUGAGGUAUCGCCGCGCGUACGGCCAGCAGCUGGCGGCGGCGCCCGGGCCCUCCGCCAAUGGCCCCCCGCAGGGCUCGAGCCGCUCGCGCGUCCCGCCCCGGCCGAGCUUCGACCGGCCCCUGCUGGUGCGCGGACAGCUCACCGUGCCCCGCGCGGACUACUCCGAGCGAUACACCGUGUGGUGGGAUCCAGAUAGCGGUGGCGCACGUGUCGAUUUCCACGACGGUUCCGCCUCCUCUUUCCGCUCUUUGGCCGAAGGCAACGUAUACCGCGCUGAGUCGCACGUGGACCGCAGCGGGGAGCGCACCGUGCGCCGCUGCGCCGUGGGCUCGCCGCAGCGCGCCUCCGCCGCGGACCAGGCGCUGCCGGUGCUGCCCGCUGAGCUGGAUCAGUUCUCCUUUGCCGGAUACGUGGAGAGCGCACGCGGCGUGGGCGAGCUGUGGCGUCGCGUGGUGGGGGGGCGCGCGGGGGAGCUGGGGGGCGCGCGGGGCGAGGCGCUCACUACCCGCCACGACUUGCUGCUGGCAAGGGAUGCUGAGCGCGUUGUGCCUCUCUCGUAUACGGUGUCAGUGAACAGCUCUGUGCUUGGCCCUGAAUGUGACGGUUACCACCAUGAGUUCUUCGAGGUCACGGAGCAGCAACAUAUGCCGAACCUUUUCAAUCUCGAUCUGGACGAGGCGUGCGAUCAAGUGGAGUACGUGAACGGCUCCUCUGCGGAGCAGCGAGCGCGGCUCGAUCCGCUGCGCGAGUUCACGUUGCCGCGCCGUGACCCGCGCUACGACGACAAACUUAACGAGUUUGUGAGCGAAUACGAGAGGAGUUACGUGGACAACACCGAGGAAGCGGUGCGCAAGAACCUGAUAAUGCAGAGCCACCGGUUUGUGUCGUCCGGCAACCGGGAGGGCGCGACCGCCGAGCUCGGCGUCAACUUCCUGUGCGACCGGCUCGACGCGGAGCUCGACGAGCUGCGCGGUGUCGAGCCCGGCGCCGAGCUGAGGCGCGCCGAGCGCUUCCCGCACUCGCGCCGCCAGCUCUCCGCCGCUGAGGACGCCCUGCCCAAGCAGUUCGACUGGCGCCCACGGGGGGGCGUCUCCCCGGUGCGAUACCAAGGCUCGUGCAUGUCUUGCUGGGCGUUCGCGGUGGCCGGGGCGGUGGAGGGGGCGCUGUUCGUGCGCACGCGCCGUCUAGUGCCGCUCAGCGAGAAGUGCCUCGUCGAUUGCGGACACUCGCACGGAGCAAACGGUUGCAAGGGCACGUGGCCCAGUCGUGCCUACGACUUCAUCCGCGAUCGCGGUCUGCCAGCGUUAGAUGAAUACACACCAUACGAGCCUAAGGUCGAUCAGUGUGCGAAGGUUUCACCCGUCACACGAAUCAGUGGUCACGUGAACGUGACGCAAAACAGUGUUUCUGCUCUGAAGAUCGCGAUAAGGCGACAUGCACCGACUGUUGUGAUCGUCGAUGCGAAGGCCAAGAGCUUCAUAACGCACAAAAAGGGUGUGCUCUACGACGAUCGCUGUGGCAAGAGACGGAAGCAGCUGAACCACGCCGUGUUGGCGGUGGGCUGGGGCGAGAAGCGCGGCGAGCCGCACUUCAUACUGAAGAACUCUUGGUCCUCGAAGUGGGGCGAGGGCGGGUACGUGCGCGUGCAGGCGCGCGCCAACACGUGCGGCGUGCUCACGAUGCCCUCCUACCCGCGCCUCGAGGGCGAGGACGUGCUAAGGGAGCUGCCGCCGCCCCCCUCGCCCUCGCCCUCCGACGCCGCGGCCGACCAGUCGGACGCCGUGCGACGCAACCGCGGCCUAGCCACGCCGGACUAUGACGAAGAAGAUCUC